AAUGGACUCAAAAUGACAGAGCACGAGGGUGGCCAUCUUCCCUUCGAGGCUGAGAUCGGCGAUGUCCUCCGUAAGGACCCAGGUGUGGCCUGCAGGAUCACCAUAGCUGUCAACAACACCCUGACUCUCCAUACUCUGCCCCCAGGGACCAUUCAACAUAUUGACGACCCCACCAGGUAUCCUGCUAACUAUGUUGUGCAAAACACAAACUUUGACUUCUUCAACUAUGCUGGUUUGCAUCGUCCUGUUCUACUGUAUACCACUCCUACGGCGUAUGUUGAUGACAUCACAGUGCUGACAUCCUUUGCUGACAACAUUGGGCUCAUCAGUUACCAGGUGUCAGUGCUGGGCAGUCUCAACUCCACGCUGAAGGUGACCCUGUCGGACAAAGAUGGCCACUCUGUGGCCUCCUCCACUGGACCGUCUGGGGUCCUCAAAGUGAUGGAAGUCAGCCUGUGGUGGCCGUAUCUAAUGCAUGAGAGCCCAGGAUAUCUGUAUUCUAUGGAGGUUCACAUGACGACAGCUAGCGAGGGUUCUGUCUGUGAGGAUGUCUAUGCUCUGCCUGUGGGAAUCCGCACUGUUCAGGUCACCAACACACAGUUUCUCAUCAACAGCAAACCCUUCUAUUUCCACGGAGUCAACAAACAUGAGGAUGCUGAUAUCAGAGGGAAGGGCCUGGACUGGCCCCUGAUUGUGAAGGAUUUUAACCUGUUGAAGUGGCUGGGGGCCAACUCGUUCAGGACCAGUCACUACCCGUACGCUGAGGAGAUCCUGCAGAUGGCAGACCGCCAUGGCAUUGUGGUCAUUGACGAGUGUCCCGGGGUGGGCAUCGCAGACAUGUAAGUCAAAUCAAAUUGU